AAAUACUUAAGCAAUCUUUUGCACCACAGGCAGAUCAAGAAGAAACAAAACAGUCAUAUCUUGAUUCAAUUUAUGUCAAAUUAUCUGAUAAUAGUACUGAUAAUAGUUCUAGUUCAAUCAGUGAUAAUGAUAAUACACCAAGUGAUGGAGCCUACAAAAAGACAACACAAACCAAUAAACUUAAUAUAGUUGAAAACUUGUCUGCAGUUAAUCUAAAUGAGGGUGAAGAAAUAAAAGAAGGAUGUGAAAAGAUA